GUGUUUGCGCUUAAAUGUGACGCAAUCAGUAAGCGACCGCAAACUCAUGAGACCGAUUGUUUGACAAGUGAUUUGUUUGAUAUCGUUGUAGUAGCGGCGCAACUUCUUUCACUAUUGCAGAAAUGUGGUAACCUUCUUCCUUGGCUCCUAAGAAGAUUUGUCCGAGCAGGUUGUGAGAAGACCACCCAUGGAACUGAACCCUUGUUUGUACGGUGUAUGUUCACAAACACGCCAAUCCGGAGUACUGCUUAGGGAAGCAUAGGAGGAGCAGCAAGGCAUAGUCCCUGAGAAUCUACAUUCUCCACCAUCUGAGAGACUGGUGUGACUCAUCUAGAGUCCAUCCACUGGGGAGCUCCAUGGUUCAGGGCCCCUGAAGGGCUGGGACCAGCACUGAGGGCCGGAGGCAGCCGUGGCGAGAUGGGGUAGGGGCUGAGGACAGAGCCAUGGUUCAUAACGGCUCAGCCCCCCACACGCCGCCGGCACAGGUGGGCACCAAUGGCCGCUCUUCUGAGAGGAAGAGGACACCGAAGGCAUGUGACUGCUGUGGGCCCAACUCUAAGCUCCAUGAUGGGAAGGCCCCACAUGGGAAGAAUCCGGGUGGCAAGUCCCGACAACGCAGGGCCCAGCCGGGGAAAGGCAAGGGCCAGGCACUGGGGGAGACCCUGACGAGAAAGGGUGGUCGCCCAUCUUAUAAGAAGACCCUGAUGACAGAGGAGCAGGUAACAGCCAUCCGAGAGGAGCUGGAGAAAGACUCUGCUGUGGAGCAGGUAACAAACUCUUUGGCUUCACCUGUAACUUCUGACCCAUACAGUUUGUUAACGUACACUGUGGUUCAACCGGUAACGACAUCAGUGGUUGAGCAUUUUGCUGAUUCAAUAAUAGAGCAGGAGAGAGCCUGUGAAGGGGCUGUGUGUGUGGGGGAGAAGGCCCCUGGUUCUGGUUCAGUCAAACAGCUGGUUAUAGACCCUAAGAUGGAGGUCAUUAAAGCAGCCCUCGCCCAGGCUGGUGACCCAGCUGUCUUCCUUUCCAACGGUACAUCAGCUGUCCCCGAAGAGGAACCAACAGACUGUAGCGCCCCUAUGGAGGUGGAACCAUCAGCCAUAGCCUGUGUUUCCCCAGGCAUUAUUCUGUGCAGCAUCCUCCACCCAUUUGCCAUGUGGGACCACCAAGAUUACUGCAAGAUAGGAGUGUGGGCUCCAAGACCUGAGCAGGGAAGUGCCACAAACCCAGCACAGCAGUCCCAGCCAUCACCACAACAACCCAAACCAGAAGAGGGCAUCCAUGAUGGAAUCAGAGACCUCAUUCAUGAGUUCCUGGAGCUCUUCUAUGUGACGUACGGGAGUUUCAUCCCCCUCAGUGAGACUGAUGUCUUGGAGCACCUGAAGAACAAGUGUAACGUGGACUUCAAUGACAAGAAGCUAAACAUCCAUUUAGAAGUUGUGAAGUACAAAGCAGGUCUAGCCUCCAUCCCUAUGAACUGCUUUAAAGUGGACUACAACAAGCACACUCUGACCCUGGAGGACCUGUCCACACUGGACGAUCAAAACUGGGUCAACGACCAGGUGAUAAACAUGUAUGGCGAAUUGAUCAUGGAGGCUACAGAGCACAAGGUUCAUUUCUUCAACAGCUUUUUUCACAGGCAGCUGGUGGCCAAAGGCUAUGAAGGGGUUAAGAGAUGGACCAAAAAGGUGGAUCUGUUUUCCAAGAGUCUGCUGCUGAUUCCUAUCCACCUGGAGAUCCACUGGUCCCUGAUCACAGUAGACAUGGCCAACCACCACAUCCACUACUAUGACUCACAGGGCAUCGUCUUCAAAUACACCAUAGAGAACAUCAUGAGAUACAUCCUGGCCGAGGCAAAGGAGAAGAAACAAGCUUCCUAUCAGAAUGGCUGGAAGAUGAUUAUAAACAAGGGUAUUCCUCAACAGAAGAACGACAGUGACUGUGGCGUCUUCGUAUUGGAGUACUGCAAGUGCCUGGCUUUAAAAGAACCGCUGCAGUUCACACAGGACGACAUGCCCAAAGUUCGCAAGAGGAUUUACAAAGAGCUCUGUGACUGUAAACUGAGUGACUGACUACAGCUGAGGAAGUACACCUGCCUUUUCAGUGAACCAUGGGUUAACAACUGUUUGACUUAUUGUACAAGGGCCAUUAACACUUUAAAAAAAACUACUGGAGCCAAGGAGAAACUGAAGGAAAUGCCGUGGAGACAUGACAUUUGACUGGUGACAGUCUUUUCUCUCCUUUAGAGGGCCAGCAGUGCAUAUUCUGCAAUAAUAUAUAUAAUUUUUUUGCACCGUUUUUAAAAUCUUUAACGGGAGGGAAGGGACCUGAGUUUGAAUUCCUUUGGGAGUUGACGUCCACGAAGUUUCCAUUGUUGACUGACUGACCUGGGUCUGGCGCUAACGCUGCUGCUAUAAGGUUUCAGAUGCCAGUAACGGACCUAUAUGUGCUGAUAACGUUUCCAAACUUCAGUUCUUGAAAUGUAAACAGCAGAUUAUAUGGGACAUUAGGUGACAUUUGAAGGUUCUUGUUUUAUAUCAUGUAAUCUCCGCCUGACUAGUGCGGUACAGAACAAGAAGACUCAAAGGCUAGCUUUUAAUUGAAUGUACUGUUUUAUUACUACUUAAUCUCAAACUGCUCUCUUGGGCUAGAUUGAAUCUGUAUCACGGAAGAUCCGCAUUUGAAAAAUUAAAGGUAAUUUACAAUUGAGCUGACAUGCAGCAUUUACAAGAAAUGCAGUCUCUGCGAACGCGGGAACAUUGCCUUGAAAUGUAAAUCGAGCUAUAACGCGGAUCUUUCCCGCUAGGGAUUGAAUCCAGCUCUUAGUUCUUGCGAAACUCCUUCGCAUCAAACAGCAGUUGAGACGACGUGCUUAGAUUCAAUGUGGAAGAUCCGAACUAUAGGGAGACUGAAAUUUAAAAAAAGGCAAUCUUUCUGCAUUCGGUAAACGUUGCAUAUGUUGGCUUAAUUAGAAAUUACAUUUACAUUGUGCCAUUACAUGGAUCUUUCAGGAGUUAAAUGGGAGAUAUUUAGUUACAAUUGGCCAUGCUACUCCACUAAAAAUGGCUUCAUAAACACCGCUCUUUCUGCUUCUGUCAAAUACUGUACACCUUAUUGUUUUUGAACAGCAUAUCCUGACAUGGCGUACUGAGGAAGAAGUAAUGCUACUGCUUUAGCUUUUUUUUGGGGGGGGGGGCGGGGCCCAAUCUAUGGUUCUCAUUGGUGGAGCACCAAGCACUUGAGCUGACUCAAUUGGUGUCAGUUACCCAUCUGAGGGAGCUGGUCCACAGACUGGGUGUAGUUGGGGAAACGCUGCUGUAGAACAUGCUGAAUGAAUCCCAUCUAUACUGUCUCGUCCAUUUCAUUCAAGCACACUAGGUACCAUUAGAGAUCAUGUUCACAGCAUUCUCUGUACUACUGUUAAAUCUGUUUAAUCUUCGUUGAGAGAGACUUUCUGGUUUUUAUUUGAUAUUGUUCUUGAUUUAAGCUGCUGUGGUAUAACCUAAAAUAUUGUAUUGCAACUUCUUGAAGUAAUACAGGGCUAUACUUACAAAUAGAUACCCAGAGGGGUUAAAUUGGGAUUCUCUAGAUGUGAGAACUGUCCUCAAUUUUAUGUUAAUGGAAGUUCCCAAUGUAUGCAUCUCAUCCUAAACAGUGGCACAGUUUCCUUUCUAAGUUGACCCCUGAAUACAUUCAUACAAACACAUGA